AUGAUGAUGAUGAUGAGAACGAACGAACGAACGCACGUACCACCAGGAGUAGUAGUAAAACCAUCAUCAAAACAACAACCAAAAACUUUCGCUAAAAACGUAAUACUUUUAAGAAGAAGAAGAACAAAAAGAGGAGGAAGACGAAGAUUUUGCGUCGUCGUGGUUGGUGAAAACGAAGAAGACGACGACGAGGCACAAAACGAGGAGGCGGAAAGUCCGCCGCGAUGUCUUCCGGGUUUCGCGGUUGGAGCGAUAGCGUCAACGAUUCUGUUGUGCGGUGGUGGUGGUGGUAGUAUUAUUAAUCCUGAACCGGCGAACGCGUCUUUUGUGUACUACCCGACGACGAAUACUGAUACAAAUCCGUUCGAGUUGAGGAUGGAAAAGAAGACGUACAUGAGAGAGGAAACACCAAAGAAACUCUCCGAGAUGAAUCGAAUGGACAGGACGAGAAAUACGAAAAAUGAAAGGACGCCGUUACCGUUACGACUGAGCGCGAAUAAGGAGAAAGAUUUUGAAUUAGAUGAACGAUACGAUAUCGGCGUGCCAUCUUCUUCUUUCAACGCAAACACGACGAGCAAUCUUCUCCCUUCGCUUCGUAAAGAAGACGUCUUCUCCGCGCGAACGCUCUCGGCUUUGUUGCAAUGGUCGUUUAUUUUCUACGUCGCGUGCGCGGCCAGAGAUGGGAGAACGAAAGGUUUGAAAGUUACGAAAAAGCUCGGAUUAGACGGCAAAGCGCAGAAGGAGUUGAUUAAUAAAACCUUCUUGAUAACUUUAGAUUUUGGACGAGAGGUGGGAACUUGGAUGCCACCGAAUUGGGCGGCGAGCGGGAAACGCGUGAUUUUACCCAUUCGGGUAAAGUUUUUAGAAGACAACACGGUCAACAUCGAAAGCAUCGGGGCAUUUUGUCCCGUGAAAAUCCUUCCUGGGAAAAGAAAAUGGAGCGUAGAUGGAGAUACGCUCAGGUUUUCAAUCAUUUUAGGCGACGGCCAGAACGAACGGUUGGAGAAAGGCGAUGUAGUUUUUGACGCGGAGGAAGAAAUCACGUGUAAGUGCAUGGCGUGGGGAGGGAAAGUUAGUCGUAGGGGUAAAUUAUUGAUAAAGAAAACAAGAUUUGGCAUAAGAAAAGAGUGGAGAUCAGUAGGGAUAUUCUCGUGCGAGGAGAAUAGUGAAACAACUACGUUAGGAACGCUCAGAGUAAGAGAGAGAUUUACGAGCGCGGAGAUGAUUGAUUCUUCUUCUUCUUCUUCUUCUUCUUUUUAA